AUGGCUAUCACAGCGUGGGAGCAAAAAGUCCAGAGCAAGCAAGCUCAGACUGCAGCAGUCAUUCCACGAGAAUGGAUUUUACCAACCGAUAUUCUUCGCAACUCCUCGACGAACGUCCUGAAUGUGCCCAAGACAUCUGGGAUCCUGACCGAGAGAGAAAUCCACAUUACCGAAGACUACGAUGCCACAGCCCUGCUGCAAAAGCUUGCUGCUGGUGACUUCAGCUCUGUUGAGGUCACGGCGGCAUUCUGCAAGCGGGCAGCAAUUGCGCAGCAGGUGACUUGCUGCUUGACGGAAAUGUUCUUCGACAAAGCACUAGCUCGGGCAAAGCAGCUGGACGAAAUACUCGCUCGAACCGGGACAACCACAGGGCCCCUACACGGACUACCCAUCAGUAUCAAAGAGUCGUUCAAUGUCCCCGAUGUUCCGACUACGCUUGGGUUUGUCGGAUUCCUCGACCGACCCCCAUCAUCGACAAGCUCGGCCUUGGUUGAGAUACUGAACAACGCUGGGGCUGUUCUCUACGUCAAAACCAAUGUGCCCCAGACGAUGAUGACUCCAGACUCCCAUAACAAUGUCUUCGGCCGUGUACUCAACCCACACAACCGGAGCCUAACCGCCGGUGGCAGCAGCGGUGGAGAGGGCGCGUUGGUAGCAAUGAGAGGCUCCAUCCUAGGCGUCGGGACAGACAUCGCAGGGUCCAUCCGCAUACCUGCCCUCUGCUGCGGCGUAUUUGGUUUCAAACCCACCGCCUGCCGUGUUCCAUAUGCAGGUCAAACGUCUGCCGGCCGGCCUGGUAUGACGGGCAUACUCCCAUCCGCGGGACCCUUGUGCCAUUCCAUCCGCGAUGCAGAGCUCUUUCUCAAAGUUGUACUCAACUCGAACCCUGCCGACCUGGACGACUUCGCACUCGGCGUUCCUUGGUCUGCUGUUUCGCAAAAGGAGAGGCUUACAAUAGGGCUUCUCCCCGAGGACCCAUCUCUCCCGCUACAUCCACCAAUGCGACGGACCCUCGACGCCGCAGUGAAGGCGCUGACUGCAGCCGGACACCGGGUCAUCGACCUCGCAGGACAGGCGCCGUCGGUCUCCGGCGCGAAUUCACUCGCAUUGCGGUAUUUUGGGCUCGACCCGGAUCGAACCGCACUGCGCCACAUAACGCAGGCGGGGGAGCCAUUCAUUCCUUCGCUCAAGGUCACUUAUGACCUCAGCGAGCCGACGACGGAGCCCACGUUGAGGAAUCUGUUUGAUUUGAAUGUAGCCCGUGGUCAGUUCGCUACGGAAGCACGCAUGAUGUUUGUUGAAAACAAGCUUGAUCUGCUCCUAGGCGCCGCAUAUCAAAGCACAUCCGUUCCUCACGAUACUUACGGGAUUCCGGUAUAUACCGUUCUCUGGAACCUGAUUAAUCAUCCGGCGUGCGUUAUCCCAGUUGGUGCGGCCAAUGAGGUAGCGGACAAAGCGUAUUGGCGCGACGUCCCCUAUGUGCCAGACUAUCGGGCAGAGCAAAUCGAAGGCGCGCCGUGUCACAUCCAUCUGAUAGGCAGGCCGAUGGCAGACGAAAAGCUGGUCCAAGAUGCGAAGACUGUGAGCACAGCGAUGAAAGCAACGGUAAAUAUGUGA